AGAGGUUUUCUGGUCUCAAGCCCAAGACGGAAUGACGCGCGCGUGACUACCUCUCGCUCCAUUUUCCUGCACGUCCGUGGUCUCUGCUAUCAGCUACGAUACAAAGAAUCCGAGCAAGUUUAGGAUCACUUCUGUGUUUUCGGAAUCUCCAGGGCUGUGUUCGUAGAGAGGUGGCAAGGUACGAAUUUUACUAUUCUUUCAAAGGAAGUUUGAGAUUAAAAAUUUUGUCAUUCGUUUCUUUUUCCUCCAUUUUCUGGGCUACCAAACGGCGGUUUAAUUAGUCAGUCUUACGAUUAUCAAAUAUUGUUUUAUUGUUUUUUGUGAAAAAAUUAGUGACAUCCAUGGAGGGUUUACAGGCCUACUUUUUCCUUCCUGCUUCCUCUCUUGUUUCUUGCACCAAUUAAAACAAUACAUAAAUUAUAUGAAUAAAGGUUCUUCAUUUGCUUCAUAGUUUGCAAGCAUGCUCAUCUGCAAAAAAAAUCUUUGUUUAAAUCCUUAGUUCGUUGCUUCCACUGCUGAAAACCAUGUGUGGUUUGAUGUAGAGUUUCUUUCUUUCGGGUUUGUUACAUAUGUGCGUGUGUAUGCGCAUGUAUAUUGAGCACGCGGAGAAUCGUUCAAUCAAAUAUAAAUGCUAGCUAAGCUCUAAAUCGUGGUGUGUAGGAUCGAUCGUAUGAUUAAGUUAUGGUGAAUUGAAGGGUUGCAUUUGGCUGGUAACCUUUGUCGUCUGUGAACUUCAAAAUAAGUUAUGAGUAGGAUUGGAAAGGAUAACAGCAGUUGUGAUGUUGAAAGUGCCACCGAUGGAUCUUCUGCAGAUGAAGGACCCAGUGAACUUUCACAUAACCUUGAUCAUGAUAUUGCCCAACUCACGAAGCUUUGGUCUGGACCCCAUGAACUUUUGAGCCGGACUGUACCUUGCAGGUUGAGGUUACCCGUUUCAACGGUCAAAAUGUUGUUCGGUCGAGAAGGUAACUAUUCAGGUAGGGGGAGAUUUUCAUCAGCAGAUGGUUGCCAUGUAUUAAGCCGAUAUUUGCCUGUCAAUGGACCGUAUAGAGUGGAACGAAUGAAAAGCCGGGCUUAUGUUUCUCAAUUUUCAGCUGAUGGUUCUCUUUUUGUUGCUGGAUUUCAGGAAAGCCACAUUAGGAUAUAUAAUGUGAACAGGGGAUGGAAAGUUCAGAAGGACAUUCUAACAAAAAGCUUGAGAUGGACCAUUACAGAUACAUCUUUGUCACCUGAUCAGCAUUACCUUGUCUAUGCUAGUAUGUCACCUGUUGUACAUAUUGUUAAUGUUGGAUCUCCUGAAACAGAAUCACUUGCAAACAUUACGGAAAUUCAUGAAGGUUUGGAUUUUUCUGGUGAUAAAGAUGGUGAUAAGUUUGGGAUUUUCUCUGUAAAAUUUUCAAAUGAUGGGAGAGAGCUUGUAGCUGCAAGUAGCAACAGUUCCAUAUAUGUUUAUGAUCUUGAGGCGAAGAAACUGUCCCUCCAAAUUAAAGCACACAUGUCUGAUGUCAACACAGUAUGCUUUGCGGAUGAAUCUGGCCAUCUCAUAUAUUCUGGAAGUGAUGAUAAUCUUUGUAAGGUGUGGGACAGGCACUGCUUUAUCACAAAAGGACAGGCAGCAGGAGUCUUGAUGGGACAUGUUGAAGGCAUAACAUUCCUCGACAGUCGUGGAGAUGGGCGUUAUCUUAUCGGAAAAGACCAGACCAUUAAACUCUGGGAUAUAAGAAAAAUGUUCUCUAAUGCCAUGUAUCCAGUGCUUAGAGAUGAUGAAUGGGAUUACAGAUGGAUGGACUACCCUCCUCAUGCAAGAACUUUGAAACAUCCUCAUGAUCAGUCAUUGGCUACUUAUAGAGGCCAUUCAGUCUUGCGUUCUCUAAUUCGUUGUUACUUCUCUCCCUCGUAUAGCACUGGUCAGAAGUACAUCUACACUGGAUCCAGCGAUUCUUCUGUUUAUAUUUAUGAUCUGGUUAGUGGAGCUCAAGUCGCAAGACUGGACUAUCACGACGCACCUGUAAGAGACUGUAGUUGGCACCCGCUCUACCCUAUGGUCGUCAGUUCUUCUUGGGAUGGUGACAUUGCCAGAUGGGAGUUUCCUGGAAGUGGUGGUAGACCCAUUCUGCCGAAGCGGAGUAGGAGUCGAUGGAGAAAUUUCUACUGAAAAUGGCUCUUGGUUCUACACAGUUGCUUUUGAUAUUUGGGUUAACAUAUGAGUUCCCAAUCUUUUUCGUUAAACGGCUGUAGAAAAAUUGUAGUCACCAUAAAUAAAUGUAUAGUUUGUUAUUGUAUAUGGUUAAUUGUGGCUGCACACAAGUCUUGGUAAAUGUGUGUGGUUUUCAGCA